CACCUGCACGCAGCGCCUCUGCAAACGCAUCCGGAAAAGGUCCAGAUGAUGGCUUCAGAUCGGAUCGGCGGGACGGCCCUGGAGAAAACUCUCGUAGCGUUUUUGGCCUCUUGUCGUUCUGGGGCUUUAAAUCCUUCCCGCCGCACCACGUUGGAGCUACGCUCUCAAUAACGCGGUGCGUCCUCUCUGCCUGAAUCCCCCGCUUCAACCGUCGGCCGUUUUUGCUUUCCAACGUCUCCGAGACUGAGAGGAGCGGGUUCCCUUUCUUCUUUAAUUUUUUUUUUUUUUUGGAAAACUCAAUCGCAAAACAUGGCUAUCCUUAAGGCCGUCGAGAAGCUGCUCGUCGGGCUCUUCGUCUUCACCUGGGACACCUCUCUCUUCUUCCUCAACCUUGUCCUUCCCAAGUACAAGCCUGACCUUGUCGUUCCCAAGGGUUGUCCUGGCCACCAGGGAAACUGGCCACCGUAUGUGCCGCCCAAGGAAGGGGACUCGCGGUCAGCGUGCCCGAUGUUGAACGCGAUGGCGAACCAUGGCAUAUUGCCCCACGACGGUAAGAACAUCACGUUCCGCGAGAUGAAGACCAAGAUCCGGCAGACGUUCAACUUCGCGCCGUCGUUCUGCUUCUUCGUGCCCAAGUUCUCGGCCGACUUCCUGCACAAGUCGUACUUCAAGGACUCGUUCGACCUGGCCGACCUUAGCCUGCACAACGACGAGGCCAUCGAGCACGACGCAAGCCUGACGAGGCAAGACACGGCGCUUCAGCCCGAUCAGGGUGCGCCGGACCUGAAGCUCGUCGAGGAGCUGCUGAAGGAGGCCACGGGAAAGUAUCCGGACGGCUCGCCGAGACUCACAAUCCCAGACCUGUCCCGGGCGCUGUCGAAGCGUCGAGUGGAAGCGCGGAGGACGAACAAGGACUACACGGAAAGCUUCUUCCACAACACGUUCGGGGCCGCAAACUCGAGCACCAUGUUGACCAUCUUCGGCGGCAACGUGCACGAUCUGACGGCCAUGCUCACCGAGGAGCGCUUCUCGGAGAACUGGCAGCCGAGGAUCCUGGAUCGGUUCGGCCUGACGAUGAUGAAGUUCAACUUCACGGUCAUCCCGGUCGAGAGGGGCGUCGACGUUAAGAAGUAUCAAAAGACUGACCUGUGAUGCGACGUUGGCGGACGAUCGAGUCAAACUCUGUUCCUCUAUUCCCCUCCCCCAAUGAGAAAAACGAUGACAAAGAGCGUGAAGGCCCCGUCGAGCUUGAUACAUGGCCGAGCUAUAUAAGUAGCAGCUUUAUUCAGCUUGUACAUCUCUCCACGCUUUUCGCCCGUCUUUUCGAGGCUCCAGAUGUGCCUGCGCCGCGGCGGUGACGAAAGCGAACUCGAUCUCCACGUUUCUGGACACCUUGUCGUUUAGUCUUAAUUAGUUUACCCAAACCUCCAGCCGCUAUGGCGAUGCGCCUUUUUUUAUUUAUUUAUUUAUUUUUAUUUACUUCAGCCUUCUUACGGAAACGAUGUUGCACUGGUCACUCUGCACCCAAGCCUUUUACACACUGAGACCUCUUGAAUCACGCCCCUGAGUAUGUCCAGCCUAGCACCUUGCUUCCAUCGGGGUUUGACGAGAGCAAAGUGGUUAGAGGGAAAAUUUUACAUGACUUGAC